ACAACAAGCUCUGCGGCAACGGCCUGCCCCGCAGGCUGAGAAACAGAGGCUGAGGAAGGAUGGACCCUGCUGCCUCCGGUGGCUUCUCCCAGGAGCAGUUCCGGGAGGCCUGUGCCGAGCUCCAUCAGCCCGCGCUAGCCGGGGCCGACUGGCAGCUGCUGGUGGAGACCUCGGGCAUAAGCAUCUACCGGCUGCUGGACCAGCAGAGCGGACUUUAUGAGUAUAAAGUCUUUGGUGUUCUGGAGGAUUGCCCACCAGCUCUGAUGACAGAUGUCUAUAUGGACUUGGACUACAGAAAAGUGUGGGACCAGUAUGUUAAAGAACUGUAUGAAAAAGAAUGCAACGGCCAGACCGUGGUCUACUGGGAGGUGAAGUACCCUUUUCCCCUGUCCAACAGGGAUUAUGUCUACAUCCGGCAGCGGCAAGAGCUGGACCUGGAAGGACGGAAGAUCUAUGUGGUCCUGGCUCAGAGCAUCUCCAUGCCAGAGUUUGCCGAGAGGCCAGGCGUGAUCCGGGUGAAGGGGUACAAGCAGAGCCUGGCGAUUGAGAGCGAUGGCAAGAAGGGGAGCAAAGUUUUCAUGUAUUACUUCGAUAACCCGGGUGGCCAAAUUCCGUCCUGGCUCAUUAACUGGGCUGCCAAGAGUGGAGUCCCUAACUUCCUGAAAGACAUGGCAAAAGCCUGUCAAACCUACCUCCAGAAAACCUAAGAAAGGGACUCAGGAACCCUGUGCCCAUGGACUGCUGUCUUCAGAAGUGCCACAGCCCACGGACGCCACCCUUCCUUUCGCUCUUCCAUCUCCAGAGGCCUUCACGCUCUCCCUGCAGCGCACGGGCCCUGAGCGUGUGUGCCUGCGGCCUAGCUUCCUUUCCUGCUCUCCGCUCUCUGGGACCCCGCUGCCUCCUUCCACUGCUGAAUUUGGGUCAGAUUAGGGAAACUGCUUUCCACUUGUUUGUUUUUCAAAAGGCAAGUCCUCAGUAGGGAACACAAUCACCCCAUUGUGCCCCUCGAAGGGGAUGGGUGGGUGGAGGUGUGACUACAAAACGUAGGGUAGGCAUGGCCUAUCCAGGCAAGCAGGCUCCAGCCCCGAAUGUGGUUCCUUGAGACUCAGGAGGGGCUGCUGGAAGUUACAUUCCCUUUAGAGUUGACUUUCAGUGCACCAAGCCUGGGAGACUGUAGAUGUCCAUUUGCCAUAAGCUUUGGUGACUUGACUUAGCUGGGAUUUGAGGUGAUAAUCCAAUAAGUCUCUGCCCAUGCCCACUCCUGGAGAAUCACAAGCUGUUUUCAUUUCAAAGUAUCUUGAAAAAAACAAAACUGUGUAAGCCUCACUAAGCCCAUAAUGCGAUAACUGUUUUUCCCUCAUCAUCCAUGUCUGGGUUUCUCUCCAUCCUGUUUGCCACUGGGGAAAGGUUUAUUUAAUGUCACUAGCUCUGCAUUUUACUGGAAACUAGCUCUGCAUUUUACUGGAAACUGAGGCACCAGGAUGGUUCUGGUAGUUAGCAAAAGCCAAAAGGCUUCGCACACAGCACUGUGUUCAAGUGUCCUUAUAUGCAAUAAGAUGAAUUUCCCUUCUAGAAUCUUUGAAGAUGUCGAAGGGAUCGUUCACAGCCAGGGAAAUUUUAAUUAGUGACUUGGUUGACUCUGCACUUUUUUUCUCAGGAAUUGUACCGAAAUUAUCUGCCUCUUCCACCACUGAGAGAGUUCUGGUUUCCUGUUUUCUCCUGAAUUUUGGUAGGGCAAGAAAAUAUUCUGUGAUUCAGCCUUGAUGAUCUCAGGGAAAUAUUUUAACCACAGUGUGUGACAGUAUCAAACCUUGAUCAACAGGCAUAGAAAUUCAGGAUGUAAAGCCAGAACAAGGGUGUUACUAAAAUGCAAUAGCUCAGACUGUGUAUUUUCUUUCCAGGAGGGAAAGUUAUUGAAUACCAAAUAAAUACAGAGUGGCUUAUGUGUGCCUUGU